GGUAAUUAUUGUCACUUCCGAAAGAAAGACGUGUUGUCAGUCCCGCAGACUUGACAUUCAGCAGUGUAGGCAAAACUGAAAACUCGUGAUGACGGGUAACUGAUGUAAUAAAUACGAACGUGCUACCUAAAAUGUAGCACGUUGUAAAAACUGAGUUUAAAAUUAGAAAGGAGAAAGUUAUAAUUGUAAUCUCUCAAGCCUGUCCGUUAACAGAAAGGUGAAGCCCACUUUCUUGAAACAGAAGAUAUACAAUCGAAACAAGCCAUAUGUAGGGGCAAGAAAGUAUGAAUAUUUGUCUGUGGGUACUGGUUUCUGAAAAAUGAUAGCAAAAAUACUUACCAGAGAUAGAAGGUGACAUAUCUUUGUUGAUGGUAAACUGACAUGGCUGAAAGAUGGGCUGGGUUUACUGAAGAAGAUCUCCGGAAAUUUGCACAGACAGAAGAAACUGUGGAAGCCCGGAAAGCAGCCCAUCCAAGUAGUAGCCAUGUAUUGAAACAGCAAGAUAAAAUUAAUGGCACAGGAAGGAAAAAUGUUACGCGACUAAGAAUGUUGCAGAAGCCGCGAAGCACUUCUAAUUUACCCAGAUCUGGCGAUAUUCCGGAUAAGGCACUGCUGUACAAAACCAAAGAUGUUGAUGUGAAAAGCACAUCAGAGAACUUGCCAUUACUUUCUGAAGUAAGUUCAGCUGAUUCAGGAUGUGGAGUUUCAAAUGGGACAGAAUCAUCAUCAGAUACUAGUAGUGUUUCAAGCACACAAGCUAGCCCGAGCCAUGGACCAGUUUAUUUGAAGAUUAAGGAAGAUAAAAGCUAUGAAGUUAUUUCUCCGGAGCAGGCCAGUAAAUCUUCUAUAUUGGAUGAAUUUGAAAUGCGUCAUAAGAUGAUGGAGGAACAGAACCGACGGCGUAAAGAAUUGCUGGCCAAAGCAUUAGCUGACAGGAAGAAGCAAACUCAUGAAGAAGCACGGAGAUUACAGCAGAUUCAAGAUGAACUUCAGAAGCUGGAUAUGUUGCUGAGCAAUGAUGUUGCUAUUCUCAGGAACCAAAUUGAAGAAGUGAGCCUUGAAUUCAUGGAAGCACAAAAACGUUACAAUAGAGCUGAAAAGGAGUUUCUAGAUGCUAAGGUGCAUCUCUUCAGUAAGCUAGAACGCAAAGAACUUCUGACUGAACAUUUAUGUACUAUAAUAGAGCAGAAUGAAAUGCGAAAAGCCCGAAAAUUGUCAGAACUAAUGGACAAGCUAGAGUUGUCAACAUCAGUCGAAUUAAGUGAGGAAGAGAGGCGCACUGCAGCUGACAACAAAGUGAUACUAUCUCCUUUGCGUGCCUUGGACGAAGUCUCAUAUUCAAUGUGUAACACACUGAAACAUAAACAAACUGACGAAAACACAGCUGCUGCUGAGGAAAAAGUGGGAGUUUCAGGUGAAGUAUUAGAAAUAUCUGCAUGCGAGCAGCCAUGCAUAAUGUCUGACAAAUGUUCAGAUCAAAAUGAUAUUUUGAUAUGUAAGGAUGGAACGGAGACUAAUGAUACGGAGUCUCGAAUAGUUAAUAGUGAUGAUCAUUUAGUGAACCUUCAGGAUGAUACAUAGGUGAGAGUACCGAAACAGCAUAUGCUGACUAAUAUUCCAUAUGCAGCAGCUGUAAUUCGGUUACCGUUCCUUAUAGUUACCCCAUAUAUUAGAAAUAUCUUUGUAUUGAGCCAUUACUGCUUUAUUACAGUUGAAAAUUUGAUAAAUAUUACAGCCGAUGUGCAGCUAGUGGCACCAAAGGAGUGAUGUAUUUUAUGGCCUCGCUAAUUAAUAUUUUAUAAAUAUAUAUGAAAGGAUUUUUUAAUGAUUUUCUGAAGAACUCAGGAUUUAAACAGAAAGAACUAACAAUAAUUUGACAAUAAUAUUUUAUAAGUAUAUAUUUUAUUCCAGUUAUGUACUUAUUUUGUAAAAAUACGUGCCUCUCAAAAUUAGUACUCUGUUAGUAGCAUGUUUAGUAGAUUAACUUGUGGUGCUUUAUUCUGGUAUGGUGCUGAUUGGAGUGAAUUCUUUAGUGAGUGCUUUUACAUAUCUUGUAUGGUUGUACGUUUUAUAGCCUGUCUGUGCUUGAUGGUGGAUGAAUAUUGGGGCUCAUAAAGAAAUAGUGCCAUAUAGUAAAACAAAACUUCCACUUGUGAAACUUUGAGUCACCCUUUCAAGUAGAAAUGUUUUUAUCUAGAUGGCUAAAUGUAGUGCAAUUCACAGUUAUGCAGUUUAUGUACUCAUAGUGUUGUACUUUAUGGCAUGUAGCUGUGACAUUUAAAAAUAGUUAUUAUGAGCCUCAAUAUCUGUUGUUUCAUGAUUAAAAAUUUUGUAGCCAGGUCAUGCUGUGAUACUUUUGUACUUUUUAUACUUGUCAUUAGUAAUGUCAGAAAUAUUUAAUAAUGAAUCAAAAUAAUCUCUUGUUACAUUAGAUAACCAGUAAAAGUAUUUUUGUUGGCAUGGUUCUAGAUGAGUAGGAGUGGCUUUGCUAGACAUGUUUGUGUGUAAAAUCCCUGCACAUUUCUUCUCUAAUGAUGACUUUUCUGGGCGUUCAUAUGUAAUACGUUCCACUUUUCUUAGUGUUUCACACAACUAUAAAAAAAUGUCUAGAAGCAAUAUUAUAUGCUUCCAGACAAAUUGUGUGUACAAAAUAGGGCUGUAUUAUUUCUGAUUAUUAAAUUCAAUUAUUUGCUCUAAAAUUCAGAAAUUGGAACAUGUUAUUAGGUUACUGUACCUGUACGAAAAAAAAGUUUGACUGCAGUUAGCAUACGUUUAAAUUGUGCAUAUAAUGCUUACUCUGUUUGAAUAGUGUUGGUGCUUCUGUGAUACAUCAAUCUUUUAAAAUAUAUAUAGUCAUUUCUGAUUCUUCUGGAAUGCUAAUAAUUUUAGUGCAGACCUUCAUCACGAAAGGAGUGUGGUUAAUAGCAUCAGAUACUUAACGUUUUUGACAAGAUGUAUGUAACAUCUGGCCACACAUAAAGCAUCACUUAAAAUGUGGACCUUGCAAUUAGAAUAUUUCAAUUUUUCAGUAGAGUUUAAUGCGCUGCAUCACUUACAAUAGGUGACACAAAUUCCAGCAAUCUCAUAAUUUGUUAACCAUGUGGCAUAGAGCAUCCACUGUAACGAGCAACUGUUAAAGGUCACUUCUUUGAUGUUUUUAAUCAUUCUUCAGCCUGCAAAUGCACACAGUCCACUGCAGUGGGCUCUCCCUACUGAUUUUGUGCCUUGCAUGCAUUUGCAGGCUCAUGAUUGAUUAAAACUCCAGAGAUGUGUCCAUUAACAGUCGUCUACUGCAAUAACAACAUGCACCACAGAGUUAAAGGUUGGCAGUAAUAAUCUUUCUUUGCUGAUGAUACUUGAGAUUUAUAUAACACACACACACACACACACACACACACACAGUGCAAUGAGGUAAAAACAGUUAAUUUUGUGAAGUAAUUUGCUACUGCAUCUUUGGAAAUGUAUUUCUACAUAUAAAACUUGGAAUUUCUGGUUAAAUAAUGUACAUAGCUAGUGCAACAUGAGACCUUCUACAUUUUCUUGUACUGUUUUCUAUACAUAAUAUUUAAUUCUUUGUUUGUAUUUCCAGAUAUUUUUAUCACUGUAAGUUGUUAUGGUUUAUACAAAUCAUACACGUGGAAGUUCAUUUUUUUUUUAUUUUUGUAUGGAAAAAUAUCUAAUAAAAUGCUCUAUUAUAUUGUGACCUAUAUGCCCUCUGGUAAUUAUAUAUACAGCUGCAUAAUAUAAUUCCAUAAAAUAUGAAAUUUCUGAAUGUAAGGCGCAGAUUAUAGUGUGGAGAAGAAGAAACCCUAGUGUAAACAUAACACUAUAUCUGAAACUGUUCUUUGCAGCAUUGCUGCAAAUGUAGAACCACAAACAAUUAAUACAGUUUAUAAUAUUAAUUGAAUAUACUGUGAUUUUUGAAGCAGUGAACUUGAAAAAGAAUAUUGUUAGAUGUAUAGACUUUAGCUUUGGUUUUUGGAUACAAUGAUUUGAAAUGUAAAAAAAUUGGCAGUGAAAAUAUUUUUGUACAUAUUUGUAUCAAGAUCAGCCUGUUAGUUAGCUUAUUAUUGUUUUGACACUCAUAAACAUUGUUUUUCAAUUUGAAUGCCAUUUUAUACAGCAUUUUAAUCAUGCAUUGCAUUUUCCCCAGAUGGUUUUUCAUUCCAGUCUACUUUCUUGUGCACACUUUUUAUUUGGAGUAGUGUUUAUUACAUUCAGCACAAAAUAUUUGUUGUAAGUUUGUUUGACAAUCAUUAUUUUUUGCACUUUUUAAGAGAAAAAGUGCAUAAUAAUGUCUGUGUUGAAUUUUGUGGCCUACAUGUACUAUCACAGUAUCAGCAUUAUUAACAUAUCUCUCAGCACUUCCACACUUAAUUGCUUUGCAACUGUAUAUUGUCAGCUUGACUUCUACCUUGAGAUAUGAACAUGUGCUUUUACAGUAUUGAAAUGAAUGACUGGUAUUCAUUCAGAUGAAUGUCUCAGUAAUUUAUGUUUGACAGUGUGCAAUUGAUAUGUGAGAAAUGAAGAUCUGAUUUGUAAAAUAAAUGUUUUUGAACUGAC